GUGCUUGACAACAGUAGUAAACAGGGUGAGUUAAGGAAGGCUCUGCCGGAACUCUGCAGCAGCCGCAUCGGCUCUGACAAUUUCAACAUUGGGGUUUGGUCCAACAUGGCGGCGCACGGAUGGAAAUACUGAUGACAGUCCGAAAGAUCGCCUCGAUUUGUACGAUGGGCGCCAAUGCCUCUGCUUUGGAAAAGGAGAUUGGACCGGAACAGUUUCCAGUUAACGAGCACUACUUUGGAUUAGUCAAUUUUGGCAACACCUGCUACUGUAACUCGGUGCUGCAGGCGCUCUACUUUUGUCGCCCGUUCAGGGAGAAAGUGUUGGCCUACAAGGUGCAGCCCCGCCGCAAGGAGUCGCUCCUCACCUGCCUGGCCGACUUGUUCAACAGCAUCGCCACGCAGAAGAAGAAAGUCGGAGUCAUUCCUCCCAAGAAAUUCAUUUCACGACUGAGAAAGGAAAAUGAGCUGUUUGACAACUACAUGCAGCAGGAUGCCCACGAGUUCCUCAACUACCUCCUCAACACCAUCGCCGACCUGCUCCAGGAGGAGAAGAGCCAGGAGCGACAGCAGAACGGAAAGCUGGUGCAGAACGGUGGAGGUGGUGGAAGCACCGGAGGGAGUGAGGUCGGAGGAGGCGAAGGCGAAGGCGGGAAGGAAACGCAGCAGACGUGGGUCCACGAGAUCUUCCAGGGAACGCUGACCAAUGAGACGCGCUGCCUCAAUUGUGAAGCUGUGAGCAGUAAGGACGAGGACUUCCUGGACUUGUCGGUGGACGUGGAGCAGAACACCUCCAUCACACACUGCCUCAGGGGUUUCAGCAACACGGAGACUCUGUGCAGCGAGUACAAAUACUACUGCGAGCAGUGUCGCAGCAAGCAGGAAGCCCAGAAAAGGAUGAGGGUGAAGAAGUUGCCCAUGAUCCUGGCGCUUCACCUCAAGCGCUUCAAGUACAUGGACCAGCUGCACCGCUACACCAAACUAUCCUACCGCGUGGUCUUCCCGCUGGAGCUCCGCCUCUUCAACACGUCGGGCGACGCCACCAACCCGGACCGCAUGUACGACCUGGUGGCCGUGGUCGUGCACUGUGGCAGCGGACCCAACCGGGGCCACUACAUCACCAUCGUCAAGAGCCACGGCUUCUGGCUGCUGUUCGACGACGACAUUGUGGAGAAAAUCGACGCGCAGGCCAUCGAAGAGUUCUACGGUCUGACGUCGGACAUUUCCAAGAACUCUGAGUCGGGAUACAUCCUCUUCUACCAGUCCAGAGACUGAAGUGGCCUAGUGUUCGAUCCCCAACCGGGUCCACUGGACAGAGCAGUGGGGCCAGCAUCCCAGCCUUCGUUUCCUUUUGACGGAGCUUUGCACUGGAUCUCCACCCGUCACCGCGGCAUCGAGAAAGACUAAGUCAACGCCGAUUUGCGAGGUCGCCCUCAGCCACGUCUGCCGUGGUGCGCUUUUGAGGCCAACCGAACGCCUGAUAAGACUUUUUUUGUGUGUGUGUGUGCUUAUGAAAUUGUUUUGACAUUUGCUUGCAGGGUUCUAUUUAGCAACACGCUAAACAAGUUAGCGGUCCAAAGUGUGUCCCGUGUAGUUGCCUUAGUUCACAGGUUUAUUUCAACCCACAUGCAGUCGCUCUGAAUGUUUUCCUUGCUCAGCUUCUCAUUUCUCGAUGACACGUCCAAGCGCCGAGUGGCUGCAGCUGCAGCUCGUCGAUGCUCAGCCUCCUCCUCCCGCUGGAGUCGUUAUCUCCGCCUCUGCUUGAUUUGUUUGUACCAAAUUAUGUUUACACGCGAAGCUAAGUAUUCCAACUGAACAAAAAAAAAGCAGGCACAGUCUUGCAUCAUUCAAAAGCGCACAUUCAAUCAAGUUGCAUCCAUUGGUUGUAAUUACAGUGUUUAAAAAAAAAAAUUAUAUUAUUUAAAUAUUGAUAUUGUUAUGAAUGUUUCACUUUUUUACUUAGAUGUCACUUGUUUUGGACAUUCUACUAAUGCUACUACUUGCAAUAUUGUUGUGUAGGCAACUCUGAAAUAUGUGAGCCUAUUUUUCAUUUUUCUUUCAUUUGGGGGAAGAGUGCGAUGGGAGAUGUUUGUGUGUACAUAAAUACAGAUAUUAUUGGAAUAUAAAAUAAAUGCUUGCUUGAACUAAUUAG